AUGGCCAAUAAGAGAAUAAUGGGUCCCUCCAGAUAUAAGGUGGGCACCAUGGAUGACAAGUACCACUGCCACCACUGCAAGGAAUCCUUGCAGGGGAAGAAGUAUGUGGAGAAGGAAAACCAGUCCUACUGCGUGAAGUGCUUCGACAAGUUCUGUGCCAACAUCUGCGUGGAAUGCCACCUGCCCAUCGGCGCGGACUCUAAGGAAGUGCACUACAAGAGCUGCUUCUGGCACCACACCUGCUUCCGUUGUUCCAAGUGUUCGCAAACCUUGGCCUCGGAGAGCUUUAUGGCCAAGGACAACAAGAUCCUGUGCAACGACUGUGCCGCUAGUACCGAGGAAUCCCCCAAGUGCAAAGGGUGCUCCAAGCCCUUUGUGGCCGGAGACCAGAACAUGGAGUACAAGGGCGCUUACUGGCACAAAGACUGCUUCCUCUGCAGCAACUGCAAGAAAAUCAUCGGCACCGACAGCUUCUUCGCGAAAGGGGAAGAGAUGUACUGCGCCGCUUGUCAUACGGCCAAGUUUUCCAAGCAGUGCGUCAAGUGCGCAAAGGGUUUGGUAAAGGCACCAAUGUGGUAG